CUGUGCCCCUGGCCUCCCAGGACCACCGCCCUCCAUUGAUAGGGAGAAGCCACCUUCUCCUGCACUGGCCCUUAACCCUCAGGGCAACCGCGGAGCAUGGAUCCCUCCUGAUUCUAUUCCUGGCCCGAUGAUUCUCACGGUCAAGCUGCUUUUGGGCCGGAGAUGCAGCCUGAAGGUGUCCGGGCAGGAGAGUGUGGCCAUGCUGAAGAAGCUGGUGUCGGAGCACCUGCAGGUGCCGGAGGAGCGGCAGCACCUGCUCUUUCGAGGCCAGCAUCUGGCUGAUGACAAGCGUCUCUCAGACUACUGCAUCGGGCCCAAUGCUUCCAUCAACGUCAUCAUGCGGCCCUUGGCAAAGACGGUGGCCGCGGAGGCCCAUCCGCCCCAGCCCUUGUGGCACCAUCUGGGCCUGGUCCUGGCCAAGCACUUCGAGCCCCACGACACCAAGGCGGUGCUGCGGCUGCUGCGGCAGGAGCACCAGGAGCGCCUGCAGAGGAUAAGCCUGGGAGACCUGGAGCAGCUGGCCCGGUACCUCCUGAUAGAGGAGCCCCUGGCGGAGCCCACAGGGGGGAAGGGGCCAGAGGCUGAGACCUCAGAGCCCCGAGACAAAGAGGAGGAGGAGGAAGACAAAGGGGAGGAGGAUGAGGAAGAGGGGAAGGCUGAGCAGUAAACUAGCCUCUCUUACUUGGAGUUUGCAUGCUCAAAUUCGUCUGGCCUUGU